GAAAAAGAUUGAAUUUUUAAAUUUCAAGUAUUGAACAAAAGGCUCUGGUGGGUCCCACUUGGGGGAAACAUAAAAUUCUAGCUUGCUUUUUCUCUAUUUCUUUCUCUCGUCCUCCAGAUUUUCUUGAAUUCACUCAUGAAAUUAUUUUUAGCUGUUUCAGACCAAGUUCUUGAAAUUGAAUGUCCAAAUAUUUGAUUCUUGGUGGAAGAGAUAUUGUCUGGGUUCUGAAGAUUGGUUAUUACAAUACUGUUUUUUCAAGGCUGAAAUUGGAUCAAAUUUAAUAUGUGCAAUAAUUGUGAUGCAAAGUUUGCGAAAUCAGGUGACUGCACAGAGCAGGAAAAUGGGCAUUCGGUUGAAUUAAACCCCGAGUCUUGCGAGUUUUGUGGUGAAACGAACUACAUGAGCAAUACGAAUCAAGAGAGUUCCAGUUCUUGCACAACUCCGUCAAUCAGUCCCACUCUUUCGUUAAGAAGCCGUGGAAGUGAUAUGUCAGUUGAUGCAGAUUUCGACGACAGUAGAUUUGUAGAUGACAACACCGCAGACAGUAGUCAAGAAGAUUCUGUUUCUUCAUCAAAAGGACGCCCCGAUGACUCAAACGGUUUUUCUCAAGCUGAUGAAACUAGGGAUGUUAGCAAAAACAUAGAAAUUGCACAAACUGCAGACGAUAAAACUGCAGAGCAACCGAGUUCAUAUGGCGAAGAGGCAUCUGAAGAAGAUGCUGAAUUUUGGAUUCCUCCAGAACCUGAAGACGAAGACGAUGAUGUCGUAGGGAGUGUAGCAAAUUACGAUGAUGAUUAUGACGAUGAGGGUGGUGAUGGUGGGGCCUACUGGUCGAAACCGAGUUCUUUAAGCAGCUUUGGAGAAGAAGGCAGUGGAAGUGGAAGUGGAAGUUAUAAGUUCAAAGAAGAAAAAGUCAAGAAAAUGGAAGAUGUUAAAAAUGGAAAAUUCAGGGCGCUCGUUAGUCAACUAAUGAAAUCGGUGGGCAUGGGAUCUUCCGGAAACUUGUGGGUCGAUAUAGUGACCUCUUUGUCGUGGGAAGCUGCUGCUUUUGUCAAGCCCGAUGCAACCGAAGGUGCUGCUAUGGAUCCCGAUGGCUAUGUCAAGAUUAAAUGUGUUGCAACUGGUUCGAGCACACAAAGUCAACUCAUCAAGGGGCUGGUCUUCAAAAAGCAUGCUGCUCACAAACACAUGGCAACAAAGUAUAAAAAUCCAAGAUUGCUGCUGAUUCAUGGCUCACUCGACCUUUCGUCUGGUGGUUUUUCGUCUUUCCAUUCUAUACAGCAGGAUAAAGACAACUUGAAAUCUAUUACUGACAUGAUAGACACGUACCAUCCUAACGUGAUCUUAGUCGAGAAAUCAGUGUCUCGCGACAUUCAAGAAUCCAUUUUAGCGAAAGGAAUAACACUAGUCAUUGAUAUGAAGCUACACCGUUUGGAGAGAGUCGCUCGUUGCAUUGGCUCACCUAUCUUGGCCGCGUCCGGGGUUGCGAUUGGUCAGAAACUUAGACAGUGUGAUUCCUUUCGUAUCGAAAAGUUUGUUGAAGAACUUGCGGGCCCCGCAGAGGGCGGGAAAAAACAGAGUAAAACAUUAAUGUUCCUCGAGGGCGCCCCUACUCGCCUUGGAUGUACCAUUCUGCUUAUGGGAGCUAAUAGCGACGAAUUGAAGAGAAUUAAAUGCGUAGUGAGGUGUGCGGUUGUAAUGGCAUAUCAUUUGAUGCUCGAGACUUUUUUCCUUUUAGACCAGACCGCAAUGCUGUCCACAAUUUCGCCCACUGAGGUAGUGGAUUUAGUAAUUACUAAUGACAAAUCGGGAUUGGCUGAAACCGAUGAGUCGACUCUUGAUAUUCCAAUUUCGAAUGGAUUCCAUGAAACCGAAUCAUCCGAAGACAUUCCUUCAUUGUCGUUCGAGGUGUGCGAUCCAGCAACUUUUCCGGGUUUGUCUAUUUCCACAACCAUUCAAAAAGUUAUGAACGACAGUUUUCCAGAGGCUGUAAAUCACCGUGAGGAAGAAAAUUUGCUUCACGCUGAGGUGGCGGAAUCUUCGGAUGCAGGAAAGAAUCUUAGUGAUGACGGCGAAGAGAGAAUGCAGAGCAAAGAUGAUAUCAAUUCGGUUUUGGAUUCCGAGAGUAUUUUGGUUUUGAUGUCGAGCCGAAAUGCUUCGAGGGGCACUAUUUGUGAGAGCAGUCACUUUUCGCAUAUCAAGUUUUACCGAAGUUUCGAUGUUCCUCUCGGAAAGUUUUUGCAGGAUAAUUUACUCAAUCAGAGGCUACAGUGUAAGACUUGUGAUGAACCAUCUGACGCACACAUUUUCUACUACGCACAUCAUAACGAACAACUUACGAUCCAAGUUAGAAGACUCCCUGCAGCAAAAACUUUGUUAGGGGAAAAUGAAGGGAAGCUUUGGAUGUGGAGUCGAUGCGGUAAAUGUAAGAACAAAGAUGGAACCUCGAAAUCCACAAAAAGGGUAUUAUUGUCAACUGCUGCACGUGGUUUUUCGUUUGGCAAGUUCUUGGAACUCAGUUUUUCGAGCCACUCUGCUUUACAUAGUUUAUCCAGCUGCGGUCAUUCUUUCCAUAAAGAUUUCCUCUACUUCUUCGGAUUAGGACCGAUGGUUGCAAUGUUCAAGUACUCUCCAGUUGUGACUUAUUCAGUGUCGCUGCCACCUCAGGAGAUGGAGUUUAACUCUUCGUUCAGAGGAGAUUUUCUAAAGAACGAUUCCGCGAAUGUGUACUCGAGAGGUAUUUCGAUGUUUCUUGAGAUCGAAAAAUCUUUGAUGAAUUUAGGAGAUCGAUAUGUAAAGGGUUCGAGUAAGGAAUUUUCGGCUAUUGUCGAGAUGCUCAAACAAGAAAAGGCUCAAUUCGAGGUUGAGAUUCAGAAUGCGAGGAAUGCAAGUGAAGAUAAUGCUGUGUGGAACCUUCUAAGCCUAAAUCGACUGCGUUUGGAUCUUCUUCUAGAAUCUUGUACGUGGGACCACAGACUACACGCACUGCUCUCCUCGGAUCUCAAUACCAUGAACCCCGAUCCCGAAACCGAAAUUAAUCCCAAUACAUCUUCAGACAGCGAAAGUCAUCCAACCGAAAGAAUUCGUGUUGAAGAAAAUGGAUCGGAUCAAGAUUUCUUGAUUAAACCCACUUCAGAAGAUCUUGAUCCAACGGUUGAGGUUUAUUCAUCAUCAUCUGUGGCGCUUUCUGUGUUGAGGAAUUCCGAAAACGACAAGAGUUGGAUCUGGGCCCCGUUUGCAGAAAUCCGAAGAGAAUAUAUUGAGGAUCUACGAAAAGGGUACCUGCCGAAAUUCGAAUUCUACAAAAGCUUCGAAGAGGAGUCCACUUCUCGGAAGCUGAUUUCCGACGAGGGUUCAAGAAUGCACAUUCCUCUUGGUCUUGAUGACUACAUAGUGUCCGAUUACGAAGAUGAAUUCUCGAGCAUAAUAGCUUGUGCGUUGACUUUACUAAAAGACGCAAAGGAAGAAGACGACCUAAAGUCAAACGAGGGCUCUCAAAACCUACCGAGAUUAUUCUCGUUGAAUUCUCCUAAUUGGUCCUCGUUCGGUUCGUUGGAUUCCGAAAGCAGCAGCCAAUCUCCACCUGCCAAUUCGUUGAACUCGAAUAGCUUCGACGGCUUGGAUUUGUUGGAGUCUUUGGUUUCUUACGGUGCAAGCCAUCCGGAAGUUUCUAUGGGGCCCGGUAAAAAUCGUAAAUACUCGGUUGUGUGUGUCUACGAGGCCCCGUUUCGUGAGCUUAGGGACAGGUGUUGCCCUUCGGAAGAAGAGUAUAUUGCCUCUUUGAGCCGUUGUAAAAAUUGGGACGCGAAAGGCGGAAAGAGUAAAUCGUUCUUUGCGAAAACUUUGGACGAUCGGUUUAUUAUCAAGGAGAUUAAGAGGACUGAAUUUGAUUCAUUUAUGAAAUUCGCCACGAGUUAUUUCGAGUAUAUGAAUCAGUGCUCUACGCAUGGAAAUCAGACGUGCCUUGCUAAAAUCGUGGGCAUUUAUCAGGUUGUAAUAAGAGGAACGAAGAAUGGGAGGGAAACAAGGCAUGAUUUACUGGUGAUGGAGAAUCUUUCGUUUGGUCAUCAAAUAGCAAGACAAUAUGAUCUCAAAGGGGCACUAUACGCUCGAUUUAGUACAGCUGGCGAUGGUUCGGGUGAUGUUCUUUUGGAUCAGAAUUUUGUGAACGAUAUGAAUGUUUCGCCUCUUUACGUCAGUAGAAAAUCGAAACGAACUCUUCAAAGGGCUGUUUAUAACGACACUCUUUUCCUCAAUUCGAUUAAUGUGAUGGAUUAUUCUCUACUCGUGGGGGUGGACAUUCAAAAACGUGAAUUGGUAUGUGGAAUUAUUGACUAUGUAAGGCAAUAUACGUGGGAUAAGCAGCUCGAGAAUUGGGUGAAAUCUUCGCUUGUUCUUCCUAAGAAUCAACUGCCGACUAUUGUAUCACCUAAAGAAUAUAAAAAAAGAUUCAGAAAAUUCAUCGACACGCAUUUCUUGAGUGUUCCGGAUCAUUGGUGUUCUAGAAGAUCCUCCAACCCUUGCAAACUUUGUGGGCCCGCCCCGGAUCCUUCGAGUGCCAUAAAAUCGGUCAGUCAAGAUGAAGAUAGUGAACAAAAUGGAUCCUCGGUUUGAGAUUUAUGGUACCGCAUUAAUAUUUUUUAUUACAUUAUUUAUGUAUAGUCGAUCGUCGUUCAUCGAAGUAUGAUUGUGUUGCUCCCCCCCUCUCAUCGUGCUAUAUUUUUUUUAAGUCUUUGAGGGUAUUUUGAUAUUAUACGAACAAACAUAUUUUUAGGCUGCACAUAUUCGUCGUAUUUUAUAUCUUCUACCGUGUAAAGAAACAUAAGGGUACGAUUCGUAUUGAUAUUUGCGAUUGAAAGAAAAUGUAAUUUGCAUAUCCAUUUUUUUUUUCCUACAG